UCUUAUUUUCAAAACAAUUUUUGGCCCUUUGACAACAUCCAUCCACAAAUAAAUAAACAAAAUGAGAUCUACAUUGGCUUUAACACUUAUUGCAACCCUUGCUUUCCAACAAAUUGCUUUCGCUCAAGAUGGUAUUGUACAGGCUGAAUCAAGUGGGGCAGGGGCAAAAGUCAAAACAUAAAAUAGUAUCGUGCUGUUGUUUUUUCCUUAAAAUACUUACUAUAUUUGAUAUACUGACAGAUAAUGAAGGUUCUGGUAAUGAUAUUCCCGCUUUACCUACUCCAGUUACUGAUAUUUACUGGUGGAAGACCCUUUUGAAAGAUGAUGAACUGAAAAAUUACUUAACAGGUCCCGCUACUGAAGCUGCUACCGAAGCUGCCACAGUUGCUACUGCUACCGAAGCCGCUAGUGAACUUGCCACUCCAACUCCUGAUAGCACAGCUACACCUACUACAGCUACAAAUGAAAAUGCAACUCCCAGUGAUUCAGAAAGCGAAACCAUUUCUGCUAGUGCAACUGCUAAGACUUCUGCCAGCGAAAGCGCUUCUGAAAGCGAUGUCGCUUCUAUUUUAAGUCAUACGGUUUCUGGUUUGUCUUCUAUAUCUGCUUCUGGUAUUUCUACGGUAUCUGCAGUGUCCUCUGCUGUCAGAAGUACUCCAUCCGUCAUUGCAUGGUCUAGCUCCUCCUCGGCCUUAUUGCCAUCUGCAAGUAGCAUACCUGCUGUUUCUGCAAUUCCCUCUUCGGUUGCUAAGCCUAGCGGAUCUAUCAUUCCUCCUGCUACUACAAGCAAUUCUUCUUCAGCCAAUUCCAAUACAAUGGCUGAUCUUGCUUCCAUCCUAAUUUCCGUAACCGCUGCUUUAGUGUUUGGAAAGAUUUUGAAUUAGUAGUAGAGAAUGAAACAACCAUAAUGAAUGCUUGCAUAUACUCAACCAUACUCCUUCUGUUCACCUCCUCUUUCCCUUUUUUCCAAAAUCUGGUUCAAACCACAACAUCGUAAUAUUAAUCGAAUAUUAGAAGAAGGCACUUGUCUUUAUUCUUUCUUACAGAGUAACUGACAUGAAUUUUAUAAUCUUAUUAACUUAUCAAUAAAGUAUAUUUAGUCAUUGAAUAAUGAAUGGAUGUAUGUGCUUUUGUGUAAUCCUAACGUAGCGAGUAUCACAGAGCGAUAAAAAGGGGUCGGAAGGAGGGCCUCUGAUCUACACGCAUUACCGUUGUUUCUAUGUUCAACAGAUAGCGAGGCAUUGAAACUCCCCCUGUUGACAGAUGUACUUAAGGAUUACACAUGUUGAUUUAUCUGUUCUUUUUUCCCUUUUCUUUUCUGUCCCCC